AUGGAGCCAUGCUUAGACGCUCCCUUCUCCCUCUUUGAGCUCGAGUCGGCCAUAGCACACUCACCCAUGCACACCUCUCCAGGGGCAGACCAGGUCACGUACAAGGCACUCCGCAAUCUCCCUCGCAGCGGGCGCGAAGCCCUCCUCAAACUCUUUAACGAAUCAUGGCGUUCAGGAUGCGUCCCGCAGCAGUGGAAAACGGCGAUGGUGGUUCCCAUCCUCAAACCAGGGAAAUCCCCUCAUAACAUCGACUCCUUCAGGCCAAUAGCCCUGACAAGCUGCGUCGGAAAGGUUAUGGAGCGCAUGGUGUCCUCCCGCCUCAACUGGUACCUCGAGUCCACGAUGUUCUUCCCUGAAGCCAUGGCAGGUUUUCGGCAAGGCAGGUCGUCAAUUGACAAUGUCAUCGACAUUGUCUCCAGCACACAGCAAGCACGCUCUGAAGGGAAGCUCACUGUGGCGGUCUUCCUGGACGUGAUGAAGGCCUACGGCAGCGUCCUCCACAGCACCAUCGUCGCGACGCUUCAAGAAGCGGGAGUGGGCAACCGCCCGCUCUCGUGGAUACAAGAUUUCCUCUGCAACCGGUCCCUGUUUAUUCGUACUGCCGACGGCGACACCGCUACCUUUGCUGUGCAGCGCGGCGUUCCGCAGGGCUGUGUACUCAGUCCCCUCUUCUUUAAUGUCAUCAUGGCCUCCCUCCCUUCGCAAAUAAGUACUGGUGUCAACGUUACGAUCUACGCGGACGACAUUUGCAUUUGGACGUCAUCCACCCGCCGGGACGCUAUCCAACGCCGCCUACAAGGUGCUCUCAACACCGUCGAGUCCUACCUCUCCGACCGUGGUCUCUCGGUGUCCCCAUGCAAAACGUCGGCCAUGGCCUUCUCUCGCCGUUCCUUCCAGAAUUACCCCCUUCGAGUUGCGGGAGCGCAGCUCAGCUUUGUCCGACAGUGCACAUACCUAGGCAUAACCAUUGACGCAGGGCUAUCGUGGUCGCAACAUGUCAGGGCCCUGUCUUCCAAAGCCAACAUCCUCGCAAAUGUGCUGCGCCGCAUCUCCGGCGCCUCCUGGGGCCCGUCGUACGCUGACCUCCGCCAUGUGCACAACUCGCUCACGCUGGGCGCUCUCCGCUACAGCCUCCCGGCCCUGCACGGUGUUGGCCGUACAGGAGAGCGGGAACUCUUAAACAUCCAGGCCCGUAGCCUCCGUAUCUGUCUCGGCGUCCCAAGGACGUCCGAAACCUUCUCGGUCCUUGCAGAGGCGGGAGAACCCCCGGCCCCCAUCCUCCGCGACAAGGAGACCCUCCGAACCUACGCGCGCUUCAUCACACGGCACCCCGUGCAUCAUCUGCGAACGAUACCGCAGAAGUACCCGGACUCUGCCUUCGGCGACGCCAUUCGCAGACUCAACGGGCGCCUUCCGCCUGCACCGGCGGGGUCGUUCGCACCCCCUAUGUGGACCUUCGACCGGCCCACAACGAUAACACGCAUCCCCGGCCUCCCUCGCAAGCAUGACACACCCACGGGGGUCGCGCGGCAGCUCGCGUUGGAGCACAUUUACUCGCUUCAUGACCAGCGAGUACCCAUAUACACCGAUGGCUCGGUGAUACCAGGCGGGUCGGCAGCAGCCUUCUACGUGCCUCACGCCCACUGCAGCCGUGGGUCUAAACUCCCGUACGAGACUUCAUCCACCGAAACCGAAAUGAUCGCCAUUUAUGAAGCCCUGAAGUUCAUCUCGGGAUCCGUUCCCGCACCAUGGACCAUCUUUACAGACAGCAAGGCGGCGCUAGAAGUGCUGUCAUCAUUCUCGAUCCCCCUUGUUCAGGACAUUGGCGCGCUCAUCGUUCAGUGCCUCAGCCGUCUCGCCCGCGCGGGCCACAGCGUUCGGCUUCAGUGGGUUCCCGGUCACACAGGCCUCCCCGGCAACACGUCCGCCGACGCCGCUGCGAAGCAGGCCCACACCUCUGCACCAUUGUUAUCGGUCCCGCUAUCACCCUCGUCAUGCCGACUCCACAUACGCCGCAUGUGCGCCCAGCACACUCGCCUCUUCACGGAGAGCGCCGUCCCAGCCCGCACUUUCCUUCAUUCCAUCGAUCCCAAGAUGGAGCUCACCAUCCCACUGAGCCUCUCUCGAAGGGAGAGCUCACUCCUUCACCGCCUACGACUCAACGUCGCUAAGACCCCAUCGCGCCAGUUCCUCAUGGGCAACAUAGGUUCCCCACUAUGCACGAAAUGUAGUGUGGUGGCGGACACUACCCACCUCCUCCUGCACUGCCUCCUUUACUCCUCAGCCAGAGCCGCACUCGAGCAACAGCUCACACACCUCGGCCUGCACCUCACGCUGCGGACCUUACUCGGCCCCGUGCAGCGCGCCCGACAGUGCGUAGUCACCAGACUGCUCCUCCGUUACCUCGCUGCAACCGACCUACUGGUCGCCCUGUGA